AUGUCUUCUUAUGAAUCAAGUGACGAUGCAACCAAAGAACGAAAUAUUUACGGAGGUCAAGGUAUUAUGAUGGAUAAUACUCGAACAAAUGUGAGAUCAGGAAGUGAUUCUGGUACUCAUAACGGAAGUACAGGAAUAUCUGAAAUUUAUGAAAAUAAUAAAGAUCAUAGUGUAUCCAGUUCUGGUAUGGGUGAUUCAACAGACUAUGACAGUUAUAAUAUACCUCAGCAAAAAUCUAUUGGCCAGAAUUUCAUUUAG